AAAUAGAUUAGCCAAGUUCUGCUGUUACGCUGGGACAACACACACCCAAUGCCACUAUAUAUAGACGCAGAGGCGGCGGCGGCUGCACGGGUUUGAUAGCAGCGAUCCGCUCGGAGAGGACACAUCGCACGCCGUCACAAAACUAUUUACUGACGAGGCUUUUCUUUUUGGACGUUCGCCCCCUUGCCCGGUACUGAGCCGUCGCUGCGGUGCCACCUCAUGCCUUUCCGCUCUUCCUGGACGGAUAUGAUUCUUUGUGUGAGAGGUCCACAGAGCCUGUUGGCCGAGCAAAGGGUUUGUCGACCCUCAUCCUGUGUGGGGGUCCCGGGCUUUGCAGUCGACCAAGUCAUGCACCCCCUGGACCCUCCAGCCUGUCCGGGGCACUCGCCCAAUGCUCCCGAGGUGCCCCCAAGGACGACAGAGCCGUCUCCGCCACCCCCCCAGAACGUGGUCAGGGACCCAGAGGAAGACCUGCUCUGCAUCGCCAAGACGUUCUGCUACCUCCGAGAAUCAGGUUGGUACUGGGGGCCGAUUACAGCCACAGAGGCCAAACAGAGACUCCAGAAGAUGGCAGAAGGCGUCUUCCUGGUGCGGGACAGCACUCACCCCAGUUACCUCUUCACGUUGUCCGUCCGGACGAACCGGGGGCCCACCAACGUUCGCAUCGAGUACUCAGACAGUCUCUUCCGCCUGGACUCUAACUGGCUGUCUAAGCCUCGGAUCCUCUCCUUCCCUGACGUCGUCAGCCUGGUACAAUAUUACGUCUCGUCCUGCAGCUCCGAGAGCUCGAAGGACCCCGACAGCCAGUCGCCCCCCGCACCCGCCUCCCUUAAAGAGCCAGCUGCCGUGCACCUCAAGCUUCUACGACCCCUGCAUCAGAGCGGAGAGAGUCCGAGCCUGCAGCACCUGUGCCGCCUACAGAUAAACCGCAGUGUGGCCCCGGGCGCAGACCUCACAGACCUGCCUCUGCCCAGAAGGAUGGUGCAGUACCUGCAGGGCUACCCAUUCAGGCUCUGAUCCUCGCAGGGCAGGACUGUCGAUACAUUUCCCGCUGAGGGCGCCGUACGUCCAGGAUUGUAAAUAAUCACGUAUUUAUUAUGAGCAGAGGAUUCCCCCAGCAGUCGCUGCGGGGUUCAGCUGCCCCCUCACUGUCAUCGGACUGGUGCCAGCCGUGGAUUAUACCUGUGAGCGGCCCGGCUAUUGUCUGGACUUGUUUGCUGGGCGUAGUCGCUGACUGGUCACCGUCAGGGCUCAGUCUACUGUGGACGCCGGAUGACACGUCUGCUGCCCCCUGAUAAGGCGCGGGGCUGCACUUUGGUGGUUAUGCUGCGAGGACUUCGGGCGAUGACAAUAAAUCGCAUUUCUUACUAA